UAUCCGAGUAGCCACUCACGAGAUUCUCUGUCCUCUCCUCUCCCCUCCUCUCUCUCUCUCUCUCCUGAUGUUUUCGAGUUUCGACUCCUAAAAGGUUUUCUUUUUCCUUCUCCCAAACGAACUCUGGUGAGAGAAGACUAUUAAAGAAAGAGAAGCUGCUUCUUUUUCUUAUUCGGCUUCUUCUCCGGAGACAUAUUGAAGAGUGCUUUCUUUGCCGGAGAUCGUCAUGGGAAGAGGAAAGUUCAAGGCCAAACCCACUGGUCGUCGCCAGUUCUCCACCCCUGAAGAGCUCAUUGCUGGUACCUCCUCGCGUCCUCGCACAUUUAGACAGGAAAAAGCAGAAGUGGAAGAAGAUGAGAGAUCUGAAGAAGAAUCUGAAGAGGAGUCUGAGGAAGAACCUGAUAAGCGGAAAGGUACCCAAGGUGUCAUUGAGAUUGAGAAUCCUAAUUUGAAUAAGGCAAAGAUGCUCAAAGCUAGAGAUGUUGAUAUCGAGAAAACAACUGAACUUUCAAGACGUGAGAGAGAGGAGAUAGAAAAACAGAAGGCUCAUGAAAGAUAUAUGAAGCUGCAAGAACAAGGGAAAACAGAACAAUCAAAAAAAGAUUUAGAGCGUUUGGCCCUUAUACGACAACAAAGAGCAGAGGCCGCCAAAAAACGAGAAGAGGAAAAAGCUGCCAAAGAACAGAAGAAGGCUGAAGCCCGGAAAUGAUUUUGGCUGGUGUCAGGAAACUACUAUGUCAAACAAGUACUUAUGUUUUAGUGUUAGUUUUAGUAGGCUUAUAAUCAAGGAAUGUUAUUUUAUGGAUCACUGUUUGACCAUAUAGAAUCCCCUAUUUAUCAGAAGUUUUAGCCUUUUAUUUUUUAUUUCGGUGUAUGUUGGUUUUAUACUGGAAGAAUCCUGCUAAGAACUAAUACUGAUUUGUUAAGAGAGUUCUUGAGCUACUGAUAGUGUG